AUGGUGUUGUCUGUGGUUCAUGGUGUUGUCUGUGGUUCAUGGUGUUGUCUGUGGUUCAUGGUGUUGUCUGUGGUUCAUGGUGUUGUCUGUGGUUCAUGGUGUUGUCUGUGGUUCAUGGUGUUGUCUGUGGUUCAUGGUGUUGUCUGUGGUUCAUGGUGUUGUCUGUGGUUCAUGGUGUUGUCUGUGGUUCAUGGUGUUGUCUGUGGUUCAUGGUGUUGUCUGUGGUUCAUGGUGUUGUCUGUGGUUCAUGGUGUUGUCUGUGGUUCAUGGUGUUGUCUGUGGUUCAUGGUGUUGUCUGUGGUUCAUGGAGACGUGUGUGGGCUCCUGGCGCUCUCUGCAGAGGUUAGCGUGCGCUGGUCUGCUGGUGCGGUCAGCUGGUGCGGUCAGCUGGUGCGGUCUGCUGGUGCGGUCAGCUGGUGCGGUCUGCUGGUGCGGUCAGCUGGUGCGGUCAGCUGGUGCGGUCUGCUGGUGCGGUGCGGUCUGCUGGUGCGGUCAGCUGGUGCGGUCAGCUGGUGCGUUCUGCUGGUGCGGUCAGCUGGUGCGGUCUGCUGGUGCGGUCUGCUGGUGCGGUCUGCUGGUGCGCUCUGCUGGUGCGGUCAGCUGGUGCGCUCUGCUGGUGCGCUCUGCUGGUGCGGUCAGCUGGUGCGCUCUGCUGGUGCGGUCUGCUGGUGCGGUCUGCUGGUGCGGUCAGCUGGUGCGGUCAGCUGGUGCGGUCUGCUGGUGCGGUCAGCUGGUGCGGUCAGCUGGUGGUCGUAA